UGUACACACACACUACGAAGAGCGCUGAAAGACUCCGACCCUUUAUUCAGCAUAAACAAAAAUGUCAUUCUCUCUUUUUACUGGAAAUUAGUUUGAUACAAUUUUCUUCAUUUUGUUUUUCCAUUUUUGAACCGAACGAUGGCAGUUUGUUAGAAUCGGCGUUUGAGGAUCAAGUCCUUUUAAUUUCCUCUGCGAAUCGGAGGCAUUGCGAUGCCCUCUGAUUUCACGUCGCUGUUUAGCGCGGAUAUCGACCUCGAUUCGCCCAAGUCCCUCUUCUGCAAAGAAUCAGUAUAUGAUCUUCUCCCCAAAGAGCUGCAGCUGCCAUCUACUAGAGUGCAGAACGCAGCCGCUAUGAGUCAAAACAGUGGUGGAGAGGCAGGAUCUCCCCCGGCAACAGCCCUUGCUGCAGAUGCCUCAUCCGCCGCCUCUGCUAUGAACACGGGAAGUCCUCGCACUGCUUUUCCCACCUCUACCGGUUCAACCAUGCACUCCACAUCAGCUUCAGAGCAGAUUGCUAUAAAUGACUGCAGCACACCAGGAGAUUCAACCAGCCUAAGGAAAGCUGUGUAUUUGGAAAGCAAGGUUUCCAGCUGCAACAGGGUGUGUGAUGAAAAAGUUGGAUCCAGCCAGCAGACUCAACAGCAACACCAGAUGACGCCUUCUAAACGGUCUGUCCUCAACAUCUCGCCUCCACCCGAAGACCUGCUUGAUGACAGCCGCAUGUCCUGCCAGGAUGAUCUUCAACUGGAUUCAGAGCAGAGCAGCAGCAUCUGGAUAGAAAACUCAGUCUCCAACUUCAGCAUCGUGAGCUCCAGCUCCUACAAUGACAACACUGAAGUGCCCCGCAAGGCCCGCAAGUGCACCCCACGGCAGAAGCCCGGACCAAAGCCAAUCUCGGCUGAAGAGGUCAGCAUGGAUGUCUUUGAUGCAGAUAGUGCCAAAGCUCCACACUUUGUGCUCUCACAGCUUGGCCCAGACAGCAAGGUCUGUUCCAAAGCAAGUUCUGAUGGACCACAGUCAUCUGGUCACAAAGGUGGGAUUCUGUCUAGUCAGUAUCCUCAGAAAAGUGAAGGGAAAGAACUGAAGAUUCUGGUGCAGCCUGAGAGUCAGCAUAGAGCCCGUUACCUGACAGAGGGCAGCCGUGGGUCUGUGAAAGACCAAACACAGCAAGGUUUCCCUACUAUAAAGCUUGAAGGAGUGAAGGAGCAAGCGAUCCUGCAGAUUUUUGUGGGCAAUGAUGCUGGACGCGUGAAGCCUCAUGGGUUCUACCAGGCCUGCAAAGUUACAGGCAGAAACACAACAGCCUGUAGAGAAGUGGACAUUGAAGGCACCACCGUUAUUGAAGUGCCUCUGGACCCCAACAACAAUAUGACUCUGGCUAUAGACUGUGUGGGGAUCCUUAAGCUCAGGAAUGCUGAUGUGGAGGCCCGUAUCGGGGUGGCCGGAUCCAAGAAGAAGAGCACCCGUGCCAGGCUGGUGUUCCGAGUCAACAUCCCACGCCUCAAUGGCUCUGUGCUCACGUUACAGACCUCAUCGUCCCCCAUACUGUGCACCCAACCUGCAGGAGUACCUGAGAUACUCAAGAAGAGUUUGCACAGCUGUUCAGUUAAAGGGGGGGAUGAAGUCUUUAUUAUUGGAAAAAACUUUCUUAAAGGAACCAAGGUCAUAUUUAAGGAGAAUGCUUCAGAUGAUAAAUCCUGGAAAGCGGAGGCUGACAUUGACAUGGAGUUUUUCCAUCAGAACCAUCUAAUUGUCAAAGUCCCUCCAUAUCAAAACCCAGCUAUCACAUCUCCUGUGGCUGUGUUUAUCUGUGUUGUGACAAAUGCUGGACGUUCCCACGAUGUGCAACCAUUUACAUACACUCCGGAACCAGUGGUUGAUUUGUCUGUGAAGAAGGAAGUUUUACCUCCAGUGACACCCUGCUGUUUUGAACAAGUCAAAGUAGUAAUGGACAGUGCCUUGAUGACCCCAGUUUUGCCUCUUAUUAAACGAGAAGCAGUCACUCCAAUGGAGGUCUCCAGUAACCCCUCAGCGUUCAAGCAGACCUCAGAUGUCAACAAUUCAGCCCAGCAGGCCUUAGAGAUGAGUACCGAGAUCCCCACCAAUAUUUGCACAUUUUCCAGUCCUCUGGCCCACCAAACAAGAGAACAAGAGCCGUCACAGAACUCUGUCUUUUCCAACAAAGAGCCCUUCGGCACCAUCCAAGAACAGGACCUUGCGCCCAGCAGCUCUUUUCAUGUGCCUAAGCAAGGAGUCCAGCCAUUCCUUUUGGAACACAGAGACAGCAUUGGACAGGAGAGGUCCAGCAACACUGGUGGCUCAGUGAUGGGGCUCUCUCAAAUAGACGACAACCCUCAGCAACAGCUGUCACUUCUGCCUCCUGAUGAGGUGGCGCAACUGGAGCAGGCAGUUCGGCAGCUGCAAGCAAAGGGAUUUUGCAACAUCCAACUCCAAUCGGAGAAUUCACUGUCGACGCAGCAACAACAUCAACUUCAGCAACAGCAAAUCCAACAACAGCAGCAUCAAAUCCAGCAUCAACAGCAGCAAAUUCAACAGCAACAGCAGCACAUCCAGCACCAAGAGCAACAUAUUCAGCUAGUGCAGCAGCAGCAAGUUUUGGAGAACCUUCAACAUCAGCUCUUUCAGCCGCAGGUUCAAAUUCUUUGUAGUUCAGAGCAGCAGAGCUCUUCCCAGGGUAUGUUGCAGAAUGGAAGUUCUCUCUUCCAGCAGACACCUCCACCACCACCACCACCACAACAACAGGCUGCCUUAUUUCAGCAAGCCAAGAAGCUCAUAUCUAUUCAAACUGGCUUUCUUCAGCAGCAACCCAACCAUUCCUCACCUUCCCUUUUUCACAACCCUACGGCCAUGGCUGAAGUCCAAAGUCCCCAGGAGGCUCAUUUUCACACUCAGAACACCUCACCCAACCAGGAUCAGGUCCAAGCUUCACUUUUCCAAAGCAACCUCACGGUUCUCAGUGGAUCCGGUAUGUCCACAGAAGCUCAGCCUUCUGCUACCAGUAUGUUUCUCUCCCAGAAUGCAGUACCGGGUCAACUCACAGUCAACGCCAGCCAACCUCAGCAGCUGUCUUUCCUCACUUCCAUGCAGGCAUCUUCUCUGGAGGCCCCCUCUGUAUUCCAGUCUCCAACCCAACUGUCUCCCAAUCAGCAAAGCACUCCAAUGGAGCAGCAGCAAUCACCACAGCAGGCCCAACCUGGUUCCCUAUUCCAGAGCAUCUCCCAAUCGCCAAGCAAACUCUCCUCUGGCCAACAACAACAGCCUGGUCUUCUCCUCAGUUCCUUAACAUCUGCAGUGACUCAAGACCAAACCUCCAAUCUGUUAUUCAGUGGCCAAGUCCAGAUUUCAUCUAUGAACAACAGCGCCUUAACUUCCCCAGAACCACAGAACACCUCCCUUCCCUUCACUGUCAGGCAGCAGGAGCAAUCUGAACCCAUGACCUUUCAGGAUCAGACUACAAUGGUGAUCAACCCGUCCUCAAACAAGCCCAUGUUCCAGGACCAGCAACCCAUGCAGUUGGCACCAAGUUCUUGUACAGGCUCUUCACAGUCUGUAAACCUCUUCAUGACCCAGUCCAACUUGCCAGGGGGAAUGGCUUCUCAAGAAACACUUUUUGCACCACAAAGUGAUGUAGCUGGACUUCAGACCAGCACUUCUUCUCCAGUACAACAGCCUGGUCCCCUCUUUCAGACUACAAUGAGUGGAAGCCUCAAUCAGCCCAACCAGAAUCAGCAGCCCGACCUCUUCCUCUUUGAGAUCCAGAAUGAGUGCCAUCAAUUGAUGAACUCCCAAGGAACCACGCUGUCUGAUCAGAUCAUUGCCAUCAAUCAGUCUGGUCAGAGUCAGCAAGAGAGCGAAGGGCAAAUCCAGUCUUUACUUGGGCAACCCUUGUCAGACCCUGGAAUUAUGCAGAACACCAUGACAACCUCUCAGAACAUGGAGAAGAUUGAUGACCUUCUGGUGAGCCUGCAGGAGCAAGGCAAUAACAACUCCCACUCAUAUUAGAGCCUUCAAGCUUUAGCUUCUCGACAUUUCCCUUCCAUAUAUGUUUGUUGACAUUUCUUGCACACAUAUUGGAUAUUUAGAUUGCUAGAUUGUUGGAGAUAUUUUGCUCAUAUUGAUCGUUGAAAAUAAUUAUUUAUUCUUACAAAGAUCUCAGAGUAGGACAUUCACUUUUACUUAACUCCACCCAUGAACUUCGAGAAACUGGCUGUUGACAGAUUUGGCAAAACUUCUAAAUAUAGUUUUCUUAUUCGGUUUUAGCUAUUACAGUUUUACAGCACUUUUGGAGAGGAUUUAGAAGAGCAGGACAUGUGUGGUGAUUACAGUUAUUCCACACAUCUUUUAUGUAGUCCUGUGAUGUCUGUUUUUAGCUGUGAACUAAACUAAUCAUUAAAUACAGAAUGCCUGCUAUUGGUAUGUCUCGAUACAAGCAGUCUGCAGUGAGAUUUUCUGUCUCAGUACACGUGAGUAUCUAUGUAUAAGCUAUUUUUCAUUUCAUGUUUUAGAUUAGUCAAACUAAGAAAGAAAAUAUCUAUAUGAAAAAAAAAAAAAAAAAAUGUGUUUUGGCAUUUUCCUACUAGCACUUUAUAUACGUUUUCAGUGUGACUGGUUACUCCCGAUUUUACAAUCUCUAUCUCAAAUGUUUACUGUACAUAUAAUUCUCCAUAUAAGUCGUUCAUCUGUUUAGACUUCUGUUUAAUUUAGACUGGUCAAUUUAAUAGCAUCAAUCAGAAAAUGCACAUUCAUGGUUAAAAAAAACCUUUAUUUAGGUUCUGCUAUUUAAUUAUGAAGUCAUUUCUUGCCAUCUCAUUUAGCUUGUGUGAUUUUGGAUGUCUGUUUAAUGUUUUGCAUGUCUGGGUGUCCUACUUACAUGCAUAUUUGUGACAUUAAUGAUAUUCCUAAAAGUGUCUCGUGUUUCCUUCUACUUAUUUUAAAAUAUUUGUGUGACGCUCAAAAUAUCUUUUGUCAUUAUGGUAGUUUAUUAUAUUCGCCCGCGUCUGGAACACUGGAAGAGGGCAGAUUGCUUUUAAUGGCAAAUCGGAAGGGGGUGUCAAACCAGUAUUACAAACAAGUUCCCUAAAUAUACUGGCAUGCAGUAUAGAUAUAUAGAAAGUAACCCUUUUUCUAUUUUAGUAGAAAUAGAGUUUGUUUCGAGCAUUUAGCCUGGUCGUAAACAUAACUGUAAAAUCAAUCUGUAAUAUGUUAAUUUCUAGGACAUGUCAAGACUUCAGACAAUGUCAAGUUUGCAUCUACUUCUUGACAAAUGAUCUACUACAUGGCCAGUUCUGUGGCUCAAAUGGAUGUUUGCAUAUUUGGUUGUGAAGUGAGUUUGAUUUGAAUGCAUAGAAACAUUACGUGAGCUCUAUAUUUUCGGUGAUUUCAAGCUCACACUGUAAAUGUGUUUGGGUGUCAGGCGUGAUGUAAAGCUGCCAAACUAGAAUGUGUGAAGUUAGUUUGCAGAAAUGGUUUUGUUGUUAGCAUAUGGGUAAUUACAUACAUUAUGAGGGAGCUGUUCUCUGUAAUGUCAAAGAAAUGGCUCAUUUGAGCCUACUAUGUUUGGUAUUAAUUGUCAAAUUACUUGACCAUUUUCUUUGCUCAGAAACUUUGGUGAUUUUUAUACCUACUUUUUAAUAGAAACUAUUUUAACCUCUUUUUAGAGAUGUUUUGCUUGAAGGGUGCUGUCACAUAUCUCUGAAUGAGAAAGAACUGUGAAAAAAAGCUUUCCAUGACUCAUCUUCAUUUCUGUAUAAUACUGAUUUUCAUUUCUUUUUGUUGUUUCCAUAAUUACUCUAUUUAUGUGAAUAUUGACUUUUUCACCAAACCUCUUUUUAGAAAAUAUUAAUUUAUGAUUAUUUUCAAGGUUAUGUCUCAAGUCUCAAGACAUUUCUCAGUUAAAAUCAAUGCCUAUUUUACAUUUUAAUUCAGCUGUAUAGUUGUUACAGCAUAUUUCAUAUUUAGUUUGUUACUUUUAUCUGAUAUUGUUUCCAGAAGAAAGCAUAUGUGCAGACCUUAUACUAUUAUAACAUGAUCGUUAGGCUGCAGAGGUGUUAAUUACAGUAAUUACAAUAAUGCACAGUGAUACAAUUGUACAUUCCUGUUGUAGUCUCACUAUUACAAUGCAUAAUGCGUAUGUGGUUUAUUUUAUUAAACCUUUGGAAAAUCAAAGCCAUAUAAGCCAACAUUACCCCUUGAAAUUCUAUUUUGUGUGAUUCAGAAAUGCACCUUGGGACCAAUUAUUAUUUAUACUUAUAAAUACAUGUAUAAUUCAGAAAUCCAAUCUUCUGUAUUGGGUAAAAUAUCAAAAACAAAUAUAUUAGUAAGCAUUAAAUGUACAUGAUAAAGUUUGCAAGUGCAAUGUCUGUAUUUUUUAAAGGGUUUUCUUUUACAAUAUUCUAUUUUUCACCGUACAAAAUUACAAAUGAGGCUUGGCAUAUCAUUCCUUGUUCCUAAUAAACAGAAAUACUAAAUCUAUUCCAAAAAAUACGCCUCUAAAAUGACUUAUUUCUGUAAGUUGCAUGAAGCGGGGAGUUUAGCUGGUAGUUGUGCCUUGUGAUUUGCUAUUGGGGUAUUUUAACAAGUAGUGGGACCUCAGUCAUUACACAAUGCCCUUUAAAGAAAUAUGCAUGUCUUAACAACUUGAAAAAAAUAUUUUUUUACAAAAUCACAAUUACUUUUCAUUUUAAUGUAUGCUUAGUUUUAAACAUUAUGCAGCAAUAAACAACACAUUGCUUUUAGCUUAAAAAAACAUUUGUCAGUUGGACUUCUUUAAUCCUUUAGCAAAGAGGAACUUUAGCUGUUAUGGGUCUGUUGCUUUUUAUGAUACUUCCUAAUGUGCCAUAAUGAAUGGCACAAUAGUUAUUAUGCCAUUGUUAUGGCAAGCUAAUAAUUUAAUGUGUCAGUUCACUAGACAAAUAUGGUGUUAAAUAAGUGCUGUUUGCUCUGAGUCUCUAAUGUUGUUGUAAAAUUGUUAUGACUGACAGACAGUUGAUAUUGGAUGUAAAGCUGAAAUACAUUAUUAGCUACUUCUGAAAUAUUAACUGUGACACUUUAUAAAUAUUUGUGCUUUUUGGGGGCAUUUUUACUCUUUCAGCUAUGUUUCUGUAGAUGUGCUGCUAUAUAUCAAUAAAAUAGGU